AUGCAGUUCAGUGUUUGUGUGGUGGCGCGGGCGCAGCACGCGGCUGAGGCUGUGCCGGCGCGGUCGCAGCGCUGCUCAGACGUGCGGUGGGACGCGGUGUGCGAAGGGGAAUCUAAGCGGCGCGGGCGGCCCGUGCUGAGUGUUUUGUAUGCUCUAAAGGAUAUUUCAUCCGAAUAUAUACUUCGUCCAAUCAAUGGUGGAUGGACUAAAUUCGAACUUCUCUCGGUCACUCUGGGAUAG